AGCAGGGGUAGGUAUUCGCUAGCUUUUCAUCGUAUCUAUAUGUGGCAGCUUGAUCAGGGAUGAAGUCUGGCUGAGCCGUUGUCGUUGCCUAUACUUGCCUCGAGAGAAUCGAACAGCGAGAGGAUGGUGCUCUUAGCGCUGACGCAGCCCACCUGUGAAGACGAGGAACGCGUCAAAAAAGAGAGCGCUAGCAAACCGCUAAACUAUGCACAUGUCGGCACCACGCGCGAUCCCGUCGCCGUACGGCAGCUAGCGGACCGCGGUUGGGUCGUGGACGCUGUCAGUGUCCGGGUCGGUCAAGGCGACCGGGCUUUCCGCGCCGCCUGCUCCUGCUUGCACCGCUGGGGUCACUUCCAGCUGGGGUGGGCGCGUGUGCGGUCCGACACGGGAACCCGGCAGGGCUGUCCUGUGGCGGUUACCUCGCGCACGCUGUUUAUGUGGAGCUGCAACCCGCUGCGGAUCGUAUACUCCGUUGAGCAGCAGCCGCCCAGGUUCAGAUUGCCCUGGCAACCACGACCCGCCCGCAGCUUCAGAUUCGCGCAUGGGUGUGUGGAGGGUCACUUGCUGGCAGGGGAGGAGAGCUUCGGAGUGGAGAUGCGGCCGGAUGGGUCCGUGUGGUACGACAUCACGACCUUUUCACGGCCCAUUCACCCGCUGGCCAUCGCCUGCUACCCCCUCACUCGCCACUUCCAAAAGAAGUUCGGAGCGGACUCCGCUGGGGCGAUGCUGGCGGCGGUAGCAGCAGCAGCAGCUUCGGGGGAAUAGGAAGAGGAG